AUGCGGGUGGGCUUCUUUGGGUUCAAAGUGCUCUUCUUGGGCUUUGCAGUAUCCGGAAAACAGAUUGCGUCGCGAUCCUCCCAAUCGGAAUCAUAUAGCCUAUAUGCCUUUGGUGACAACAUUGGAGGAUUUCCGAUGUACUACGCCGACGGCAAUGCUGUGGUCGGAAACAAGACUCCCCAGAACGCAACUAAUGUCAGUCAAGUUUCCUUUACGCCUGGCGAGUCCGGCCCUAUGAUAGGUAAUCCAACUUCCAAUUCGACCACGGUGAAUGGUUCGAGCCAGAGGGCCUUUCAAAAUCAACAGUUCUAUGUUCCCAGCCCAGACUCGAGCGAUCACCAAGUUGGCUUUACCCAAAACGCCACCUCAAACCAAGUCACAUCAAAAUUCAUCUGGUACGGACACUUUCUACUUGUUGAAAACGAUAGUGGAGAGUACACAUCCCUUUUCUACGCCAAGAAAACCGAGCAAGAGGAUGUAUUUUCCUUGCAGUGGAAUAUUACAGACGAGGAUGAUGAGGGUGACUAUAUCUCGAUCAGUAUGAGAGGUCUACCCCCCCUCAAAUGCUUGAAAAAAAUCCUAUCCCUACCUUGGGCCUCAGCAUCGACACGCCCUACUGUUUCGUCAUCUUCUCUGACAUGA